AUGGAUAAUAUUACUGUUGUAAGAAUUUUUACUCUUUCAGGACUGAAUGAAACCAUGAAUUACAAAGUUACCAUAUUUUCAUUCACUUUACUUUACUUCUGUGUGAUUUUAUUUGUUAACAUCUCUGUCAUUGUGAUUAUUAUCUCGGAUGAAAAUCUCCAUCAGCCCAUGUACAUAUUAUUGUGCAUUUUUUGCAUUAAUGGACUUUAUGGGACCUCAGGUUUUUACCCUAAAUUCCUCUUAGAUCUUUUGUCAUCUUCUCCAGAAAUCUCAUAUGCUGGAUGUCUUCUUCAAGCUUUUGUUAUGUAUUCAUUUGCUUGCUGUGAUUUGUCUAUUUUAGCAGUUAUGGCCUAUGACAGAUAUCUGGCUAUAUGUCGACCUCUGCACUAUCACUCAGUUAUGAAUAAGACCAGACUUUCUCAGCUGGUUUGUUUCUCCUGGCUCACACCUUUUUGCAUCUUCUCCAUCAAUGUUCUGCUGACAUCCAGACUGAAACUGUGUGAUUCAAAAAUCCAAAAACUCUUUUGUGUGAACUGGAUCAUUGUGAAACUUGCUUGUCCUGACAGUGACACCAUUUCAAAUAAUGUAAUGUCUUAUGCAACCAUUAUUAUUUAUGUGUGUCAUGGAUUUUUUAUCAUCUGGACUUACAUGCACAUGGUUCGAACCUGUGUGAAAUCUAAAGACGACAGGGUGAAGUUUAUGCAGACGUGUGUGCCGCAUUUAACAUCUUUGACCACGUUCCUCUCAGCGAUACUUUUCGACUUGAUGCACAUGCGAUUCGGCUCUAAAGACUUACCUCAAAACCUUCAGAACUUCAUUGCUAUAGAAUUUCUCCUCAUUCCUCCACUUAUGAAUCCUUUAAUAUACGGACUGAAACUGGCAAAAAUCAGAAAUAGAAUUUUGGGCAUAGUUUAUUUAACAGGAAAAUGA